AAGCAGGACUCCGCUGUGUCCUGUUCCAUUUCCCGGUUCGUGCCACAAGAAGCUCAAGGUAAGAGUGAGCCGCUGGCAGGACUGAGACCCAGCUCCCUCCCGCAGGGAAAACGAGAUGCGGACGGUGGGGCUGAUGCUGGUCUGCCUGGCUGGAGGGCAGCUGGCAAGUGCCACACUCUGCAAGACCUACGGCACCAUCCCGGGCAUCCCCGGGUCGCCAGGCCAGCCUGGCAGCAACGGCAUUGACGGGGCGAACGGCGAAAAGGGGGAGCGAGGUCCCCCUGGCCACGUGGAGGAUGAAGAAGAGAUUGGGGAGAAGGGAGAGCCAGGGGCACCGGGGUACCCUGGGAAGUUUGGCCCCAAGGGCCCCAUGGGUUCAAAGGGACUUCCAGGCCCCAUGGGUCCCCCCGGGCCCCAGGGAGACUCCGGCGACUACAAGGCCACUCUGAAGUCCGCCUUCUCGGCUGCCAGGAUGAUUAGCAUCCUGCCACGCCGAGAGCAGCCCAUCCGCUUCGACCGCAUCAUUACCAACGAGAACAGCCACUACGAGAACCGGUACGGCCGCUUCACCUGCCGGAUCCCCGGCAUCUACUACUUCACCUACCACAUCACAUCCAAAGGCAACCUGUGCAUCAACAUAAAGAAAGGCCGGGGUGGCAGCAAGGGCCAGAAAGUGGUGACUUUCUGUGACUUCGUGCAAAGCAGCUACCAGGUGACCACGGGUGGUGUGGUGCUCAAGAUGGCAGCGGAAGAGUCCGUCUGGCUGGAGCCGACGGAGAAGAACUCCGUCAUAGGCAUCGAAGGGGCUGACAGCAUCUUCUCUGGCUUCCUGAUCUUCCCCGAGGUUUAGCCUGCUGCGGACACCACCCGGACCCCCUCUGCAGCCCCUUUCCUGCUACUGGCCCUAACCCGGGAUUUGCUUCUGCUUCUCCGUCUCUGAGCCUGGUCCUGGAGCUUUCCCAGCUCCUGGGUACCACCAGGGAGGAGGGAAGGGAGAGCAGCCUUCAAAAUCGCACAGCACGCCAAAGUCUGCCGGCCCAAAGACCGAAGCAGGAACGGCCGGGCCAAGGGCAGCAAGGAGUGACCACGUCAAAUGUUUGGGUGAGAAACAAGCAGUCUGCCUCCCGCGACACGGCAGGAUGCCUGGCUGGGCCAUUCGCAGCAAGCGCGGUGGGAUCACAGACCUGUGCUUUUCCCAGGCCGGGAGACGCUGGAUAAAGCCACCCACACCGCUUCCCAGGACACUGCUUCUUGCACAUCAAGGUGCAGACCAGGCUCACUAGCACCUCAUCGCUGCUGAGCAGAGCCAGUCAAUAAAUGCAAUUCGUGCU